GUGAUUUGAAUGAGAGGGUAUUCUCAAUGGUCUUAAAAGUCCGCAAGUUCGUGAAAUAAAUAGUAUCUCCUUGAGUUCGAGAUUGUUAAUAAUUCUGUAAAUACAUCGCCAUCUAUUGCAUCUCGAAAUAAAUUCAACUCGAUUUGUCUUUUCGUCUCCAUUAUUAUUAUGAAUUUGUUAUAAUCCCUUAAUGGUUAAAAUUGAUUAUUAUCUUGUUCUUAAAUUGUUUUCUUUGAUUUCUCUUUUUAGAUUUGUGAUUGUUUUUGUUUUCUAAAGAUUUUCCUUUGACUCGUUAAUAUCUUUUUUUGAUUGAGUUUUUUUUUGUAUAAUUGGAUUUAGAUUUAAAUAGAUCAACAGAUGAGUAAACGAACGGAAUCAUCUAAUCAAGAGCAACAUCAUCAUCAUGAGAGUUCACAAUCUUCAACACCACCACCACCAACACCAAUACCAACACCUCCACCUCCACCUCCUCCUCCACCUUCACCAGGAUCUCCAGUUCGUCAACCAACGGCUGAAGAAUUGGCUGAACAAGAGAGACAAGACAAUUUAAGACAAUUCAAUAUUCUCUUGACUCCAGCAUUCGCUGCCUUCUCUCAGAUCGUUGACAGUCUAUUUCUCACUGGAGUGGGUGGAAUGAGUAUUGAUAAUUUUCGCAAGAAUAAAAUCACACAUAUUAUCAAUUGUACUCAUGAGGCACCAAAUUGGAGAUUAUCGGGAGUUGAAUGUCAUCGGAUUCCUAUUGAUGAUUCACCUAUUGAAGAUUUAUCUUCACAUUUGGAUCGUUCAGCUGAUAAGAUACAAUCAAUUUUAACUAAUGGUGGUAAAGUUGUGGUACAUUGUGUGGCUGGUGUUUCCCGUUCAGCAGCAAUUGUCAUAAGUUAUCUGAUUAAAUAUAAAAAGAUGUCACUUCAUGAUGCUUAUAAUCAUGUUCAAUCUUGUCGUCGGGUUGUCAGGCCUAAUAACGGCUUCUUUAGCCAAUUGAUUGCUUUUGAGAGCAAAAUUUUAGGCUGUACCAGUGUUAAAAUGGUUAAGCUCAAGAGAGACGAUGUGAUGAUUGAGGUACCAGAUUUUUUUGAAACUGAACAUAGAAGAUUCGUCCUAAUGGAAACAUUCAAGGCAAAAGCACACAUUUUAAGGCCGUCAAUUGAUAAACCUGGUCCUAGUCCGGUUGUCCAAGGUCAACAUCCGGUAUCUGCCGGUGGUAAUGUUCCAGUAAAGAGUCUAAAAAAACAAUCAGUGACUCAUCCACAGCCACAUUCUCAUUCACCGAUUCAUUUACAUACGUCACCGGGUCACCAAUUAGUUCAUCCAACCGUUAAACCAUUAGGUCAACCAUUAGGUCAACCAUUAGGUCAACCACAAGGACAGCCUUUAGUUCAACCAUUAGCUCAACCUUUAGCUCAAUCCUCAACCCAUUCAAGUAAUUCAUCGAACCAAUCUUCAAGCCAAUCUCCCCCACGGUCGAUAUCUCGAUCACCAUUUCGAUCACCGAUUCGUAUACCAUCUCGAACAUCAUCUAAAUCGUCUAAAUCAAGAGUUCGAACACCAUCUUGUUCACAUGCUCGAACAUUAUCUUGUUCACCAACUCGACCUCCGACUCGAUCGCCAUCUAAGACACCACAUCAUCAUCCACAAUCGCAGUCACCAUCUCGGCAGGAAUCAGAAAUACACUCGGAGUCACAAUCACAGAUACAAACACGACCACAAUCACAACCACCAUCACAACAUUAA